AUGGCAAUUCUUUGCCUGGCUUCACCUCAGGAACCAGCCGUUGACCGUGACCCUGAACGUGGCGUAAGUCUCAAGACUGGACUGACAGAAGCCCGGCAGAUCAAUCGACAAACGAAGCUCGGCAAAAUGAUCGCCGCUGUCGUUGAGUAUGCGCACGAUAUGAAGGGAUUUGAGCGCAUCGCGCUGCGUGGUAUGUGCAUGAUCCAGUCAGCUGGUCGGCCAUUCGGAAGACUAGCCGCCAACCACCGCUUCGUCUAUGAUCAGCUACCACAGCCGCUGCCGAAGCCAAGAAUAAACACACAGACACACAUACACACCUACGACCGACCACCAAGACUAGGCAAGUAUCUACAAUUAGUUAGUCGCGCCUGGCGAAGCAAGUGGAUUACGCAAAGCCGGCAUCGGCGAUUUAGAACUUUGGCAUGGGACAGGUUUGUCAAUGUAUCGGACGGUGGUCACACACGCAGGUCAAGGACGACAGAGAAAAUACGCGGCAAUGCAGUCAAAGGUCACUGA